CACGUGACCAUCGCGGAAGUGAAGGUUCUACUUGAGGCGGAAGUAAAAAAAAUUGGGAUGUUUUGUGUUUGAAGUUCGAUUAAUAUCAAGAGUCAUUUACAGUGACAGCUGGGGGAAAAUUGCAUAUGCAUAGUUUAACUCUUAUCUGAAGUUGUAGCUGUUUAAAUUUGAAGGUAAUUUUUAAAAUAAUAACGAAUGGCGGGCGGAAAUUUACAGAAAGCUAUAGAUCUUGCCAGCAAAGCUGCUGAGGAGGACAAAGCCAAAAACUAUGAAGAGGCACUUCAAUUGUACCAGCACGCAGUGAACUAUUUCCUCCACGUUAUUAAGUAUGAGGCACAAGGAGAACGUUCCAAAGAAUCCAUCAGAGCCAAGUGUGCAGACUACCUGGAAAGAGCUGAACAACUGAAGGAGUAUCUACGGAAGAGGGGGAAGAAGGCUCCAGCCAAACCUGUGAAAGAGUCCCAGUCUGACAAAGGUAAUGAAAGUGAUGAAAGUGAUGACACAGAAAAGAAGAAGUUUCAAAAUCAACUCUCAGGUGCCAUCGUCAUGGAAAAGCCAAACAUCAAGUGGGACGAUGUAGCUGGACUUGAAGGUGCAAAAGAGGCCUUAAAAGAAGCUGUCAUCUUGCCCAUCAAAUUCCCUCAUCUGUUUACAGGGAAGCGCAUUCCUUGGCGAGGGAUCCUUCUCUUUGGCCCUCCGGGAACUGGGAAAUCUUACUUAGCCAAGGCAGUUGCCACUGAAGCCAACAACUCCACCUUCUUCUCCAUCUCUUCUUCUGAUCUUGUGUCCAAGUGGUUGGGAGAAAGUGAAAAAUUGGUGAAGAACCUGUUUAGUUUAGCUCGAGAACACAAGCCAUCAAUCAUUUUCAUCGAUGAGAUCGACUCCCUCUGUGGGUCCCGGAGUGAGAAUGAGAGUGAAGCAGCACGUAGAAUUAAGACAGAGUUCCUUGUGCAGAUGCAAGGUGUUGGAAGUAACAAUGAUGGAAUCCUGGUUCUGGGAGCCACAAAUAUACCGUGGACCUUAGACUCUGCCAUCAGGAGAAGGUUCGAGAAACGAAUAUAUAUUCCUUUACCUGAGGAGCAUGCCCGCUCUUACAUGUUCAAGUUGCAUCUGGGCUCCACCCCCAAUAACCUUACAGAGGCAGAUUUCAUUACUUUGGGCAAAAAGACAGAAGGUUACUCUGGGGCGGACAUCAGCAUUGUCGUCAGGGAUGCCCUCAUGCAGCCUGUCAGAAAAGUUCAAUCAGCCACUCACUUCAAAAAGGUACGAGGUCCAUCCCGCAGUGAUCCCCAUGUAAUAGUGAAUGACCUCCUGACCCCGUGCUCGCCUGGCGAUCCCAAUGCCAUAGCCAUGACGUGGAUGGACCUGCCUGGUGAGAAGCUGUUCGAGCCAGUCGUGUGCAUGGCAGACAUGCUGAGGUCGCUGAACACCACCAAACCCACCGUCAACGAUGAGGACUUGGAGAAGCUGAAGAAGUUUACUGACGACUUUGGUCAAGAGGGCUAAUAAUAAUACGCUAAUUUUCAUCACAAAUACCAACAAAUCAUUUUCGCUAUCAAGUUAUAUUUUUUUGAUUCAUUAAUCUUUCACUCUGUACUAAAUGCCAAAAACAGAAGUGUCUAUCAUCAGUGGAUGAAACUCUGACAUUCUAAUUUCUUAAUUUAGUCAGUAAAUACAGGGACAUAAGUCUGCAUUGCACUGAUGAUAAACCAAAUUUUAAUAGCUGUUACCAUUAACUUUUUUGUUAUUAAUGCUGCUCCUUCAGCUCAAAUUGUGUAUAAGUCUGUUGAGUAUCCUGUCUUCAUCUGUUUUUUUUUUGUUGUUGUUUUUUAUUGUU